AUGGAACCCGUUAAGAUCCCCGCCAACCAGGCCAAGAAGCGCCGCAUCGGCGUACUCACCUCCGGUGGUGAUGCCCCUGGUAUGAACGGCGCCGUCCGGGCCGUGGUCCGUAUGGCUAUUCACUGCGACUGCGAGGCCUAUGCCAUCUUCGAAGGAUAUGAGGGCCUGGUCAAUGGCGGAAAUAUGAUUCGUCAGUUACAUUGGGAGGAUGUCCGUGGCUGGCAGUCUCGCGGAGGUACUUUGAUCGGAUCAGCACGUUGCAUGUCUUUCCGUGAGCGUGCCGGUCGCCUGCGUGCCGCUAAGAACAUGGUUCUUCGGGGCAUUGACGCGUUGGUCGUUUGUGGUGGUGAUGGUAGUUUGACUGGUGCCGAUGUCUUCCGUGCCGAAUGGCCCGGCUUGCUGGCAGAGCUUGUCGCAGAGGGCGAAUUAAACCAGGAGCAAGUCGAACCCUACCUGGUUCUAAACAUUGUCGGUCUGGUCGGUUCCAUUGAUAACGAUAUGUCUGGUACCGAUGCCACCAUUGGCUGUUACUCCUCCCUGACUCGCAUUUGCGACGCUGUCGACGAUGUCUUCGACACUGCCUUUUCACACCAACGAGGAUUCGUUAUCGAGGUUAUGGGUCGUCACUGUGGAUGGCUCGCGUUGAUGUCUGCCAUCAGUACCGGCGCUGACUGGUUGUUCAUUCCCGAGAUGCCCCCCAAAGAUGGCUGGGAGGAUGAAAUGUGCUCUGUCAUUACGAAGAACCGCAAAGAGCGCGGCAAGCGUCGUACUAUCGUCAUCGUUGCCGAGGGUGCCCAGGAUCGCCAGCUGAACAAAAUUUCGAGCAACACCAUCAAGGAUAUUUUGACACAAAGAUUGGGCUUGGAUACGCGCACCACAGUUCUUGGUCACACACAGCGCGGUGGUGCCGCGUGUGCAUAUGACCGAUGGCUGUCGACUUUGCAGGGUGUAGAGGCCGUUCGUGCUGUGUUGGAGAUGUCUCCCCAGUCCCCCGUUCCCGUCAUUACUAUUCGCGAGAAUAAAAUUAUGCGCACCCCUCUGAUGGACGCGGUCCAGGCUACAAAGGAUGUUACAGCCAAGAUUCAUGCCAAGGAUUUCGACGGCGCCAUGAAGGAGCGCGAUGCCGAGUUCAAGGAGUACUACCGUGCUUACUUGAAUACCGCUACCCCCGAUCACCCCAAGAUGGCCCUCCCUGAGGGCAAGAGGAUGCGCAUUGCUAUCAUCCACGUCGGUGCUCCCGCCGGUGGUAUGAACCAAGCUACUAGAGCUGCGGUGGCUUACUGUUUGACUCGCGGCCAUACCCCUCUUGCCAUUCACAACGGUUUCCCUGGUCUAGUCCGCCACCAUGCCGACACACCAAUUAGCUCUGUUCGGGAAGUUAAGUGGUUGGAGUCUGACAGCUGGGUCAACGAGGGAGGUUCAGAUAUUGGAACCAACCGUAGUCUCCCGGCGGAAAAUAUGGAAGGCACUGCUAAGUGCUUCGAGCUUUACAAGUUUGAUGCCUUGUUUGUGGUGGGUGGAUUUGAAGCUUUCACUGCUGUUAGUCAGUUGCGUCAGGCUCGCGAGAAGUAUGAUGCGUUUAAAAUCCCUCUCGUUGUGCUACCGGCCACUAUUUCCAACAAUGUUCCUGGUACCGAGUAUUCCCUUGGCAGUGACACUUGUUUGAACACCCUGAUCGAUUUCUGUGAUGCCAUUCGCCAGUCCGCCUCAUCUUCUCGUCGCCGUGUCUUUGUCAUUGAGACUCAAGGUGGAAAGUCGGGUUAUAUUGCAACAACUGCUGGUCUGGCCGUUGGUGCCGUGGCAGUCUACAUCCCUGAAGAGGGUAUUAACAUCAAGACUCUAUCGCACGACAUUGACUUCUUGCGUGAUAACUUCAUUCGUGACAAGGGUGCCAACCGUGCUGGAAAGAUCAUCCUUCGCAACGAAUGCGCAUCGGGCACCUACACCACCCAGUUCAUCGCUGAUAUGAUCAAGGAGGAAGCCCAAGGCCGUUUCGAGUCCCGUGCGGCUGUGCCCGGUCACUUCCAACAGGGUGGUAAGCCCUCUCCCAUGGACCGUGUUCGUGCUCUGCGUAUGGCGAUCAGGUGUAUACAGCACAUGGAAACCUACGUUGACAAAGACCUCGAAACAAUUGCUGCCGACCCGCUUUCGGCUGCGGUAAUUGGCGUGAAGGGUUCUCAAGUGCUCUUCUCACCUAUGGGAGGGGCCGAUGGAUUGGAGGAGACUGAGACCGACUGGAAGCGUCGUCGCCCCAAGACUGAAUUCUGGCUGGAGCUGCAAGACGUUGUCAACGUUCUGUCCGGCCGUGCCGCUUCCCGCGCCCAAGAGACCUGGUCUUGCUACGAGAGUACGUAA